ACAAUAACUCUUUUUUGUUAUGUUCUUUGUUAAACAUUAACUAUCUUUGUCUUCAUAAAAAUAAAAUUAUUUAAAAUAAAUUAAAUCGCUCAAUAUUUGCUAUGGAGUUACGAAGUUCGCGUAGUCGCAAUGAGUAUAAAGAACUGCAAUUGACUCUAAAUGGAAUGGGCUUCUAUGAAGAGGGUAUGGAGCUACAAGAAAUGCGUCAAAUAUUAGAUGCCCUAAAUCAGUCGGUGACUGAUGGAGAAACUCAAUUUUUGGACGAUGACAUGGAGAGGGCAAUAAGGGAAAGUGAAAUGGAUUUCAUGCCAGCUAAUAAUGGUGGAUUGUGGAACUCAACAAUGUUGAGAACACAAGUCACCUCUUCUCCGUGCAGUAGCCCCGAUAUACCAUCACAACAAAUUGUUGUCCACGCGGAGGUGCAUCAUCCCUUAGAUUGGAGUCCACAAUAUCCGGAAGAAGAACGUUUGCGGCGUAAACGUUUAGCCUCAGAGACUGGAAGUCACAAUGAGGCAAUACAACCGUUUAUAAAACGUAUUAAUCCAACUGGAUGCUCUCCCACAAAACCCAAAGAAACGAAUGAACCCAACAAUAACAAUGAAAUGGUUAACCAUUUAAAUGCAUCUAAUAAUUCUUCGCAUGGACAUAUCGAAAUUGUUGGGCCCGUAUCGAUGAGAGGACCUUGUAAUGAUUCUGGUGUCAUCUCACCGCAUGAGGUCAGCAAUGCAACGCCAUCCUCUUCUCCAGAAAAUAACACCAAUAGUGGUAACGAAUCGACAAUAAAUGGCUCUUCAUCGUCGACUAAUAACAGUCACAUCGUAUUGGGUCCAAUAUCAGCACGUCGUCCCAUCAAUGAUUCCGGAGUAAUGGUAAAUAAUGAACCUGAGAAUCAUAAUGCAUCGGAAUCGUCUUGGAAUUUUAAUGAUAGUUCCAAUAGUGUGCGUGCAUAUUUUCAAAGUAAUGUUUCAAUGCAAUUACGAAAUGUUUACGCCACCGACGACGAUGAUGAUUUGGAACAUUCCGAGCCGUCAAUGUAAUUGGCGAAUUUGUUUUAAAUAAUUUUAUGCAUACAUAUACAUAUAUUUAUUACAAUUGUUAUCGUUUAUAUAAAGAUUGAAGUGAAAUAUUAAAAUUUA